UACAAAUUACGUUGUGAUGUUGGGUGCACUGGAGGACCUUCCGAUAGACCGUUAUCAAUAAUGAUAGAGAAGUUGUUUUCAAUGUCUGCCCUAUGAGGUCAAAUUUACCGACCUCGAGGGGUAGCCGUUUCUCUAGGUAGACUUCCAAAGUGCAAAGGUUGAGACCAGGCUUGGGUAACAAUCAGAGACCCCGGGGUUCUCCAACGGUGCUGAGCUGACCGUGCAAUGAUGCCGUUCUUCGCCAUCCUUCUGGCCGUCCUGUGCAGCCAGUGCUGGGCCGCACCUUCUCCUGACCCGCCGCCAGAGGAAAACUCCCUAUCUUUCACAUUCCCGCCGGACUGGGUCGACGAACUGUUCGGCUUGGAAGUGUUCGGGACCGAACCGAGCGCGCCCGAAGUCACGACGCCGGACCCGCAGAUUUUCGUCGAGUACGAAGGGUCGGCAGAACUGGAAGGGUCGGCAGAUUUCGAGGGGUCAGGUUCGGGGUUUCAGCCGAUCCCACGAGUUCCCUGUCCGGAAUGGAGGAAUAAGGAGGGUGACACGUGGGUCGAGUUCGAGAAGUGCCGAAUGUGCACCUGUAGCUAUGGAGAGGCCGUAUGUACAAGGUGUAUUCCGGCGGCAGAAGACCGAGAUGUAUUCUUCUACAAGGAGUUAGUAUCCCGGCACUGUUACCUGGAGACGGUACCUGAGGUGGUGGAUCACGCACCUGAUGCCUGCUGUGCUGAGAGACAGGUCUGUCAGUACAUCAGCCCAGAAUACCUGGACUACAGUUACCACGAGUACGGGCGGCGGGUCAACUACAUGCUCAUCUACUACCAUGGGGACUACGACCUCGCUGACCUCUUCUACUAAACAUGUCAACAUACUGUAAAUGCAUUUAAGUUUGCGGGGAUUUAAUUUCGCGGUAUUGGGGCAAAGGACUUUUUUGCAGUGGUUUUAAGUUCGCGGUAACACCAUAGACUGCAGUCUAAUACCAUAAUAGAAA